CAACAGGUGUUGCAGCACAUGGAGGACAUCAAGGUGCGCGAGAUGCAGAUCUUCGAGUACAAGAAGAAGAUAGCUGAAGCGGAGACCAAACUCAAGCAGCAGCAGAACCUCUACGAGGCCGUCCGGUCAGACCGGAACCUCUACAGCAAGAACCUGAUCGAGGCCCAGGAUGAGAUCACAGAGAUGAAGCGGAAGCUGAAGAUCAUGAACCACCAGAUCGACCAGCUGAAGGAGGAGAUCAACGGCAAGGAGGCGGCGCUGGUCAAGGAGCAUCUGGAGUUCCAGCGCGUGGAGAAGGAGAAGGAGGUUCUCAAGGCAGAGCUGCAGAAGCUGAAGCAGCAGGCCCUGGAGACGAAGCAGUUCAUCGAUAACCAGGAGGCCGAGGAGCGCAAGCUGCUCAAGAUCAUAGCCGACGCUGACGCUGAGAGGCUCCGACAGAAAAAAGAAUUAGACCAGGUGAUCAGCGAGCGCGACAUCCUGGGCACGCAGCUGGUGCGGCGCAACGACGAGCUGGCGCUGCUCUACGAGAAGAUCAAGAUCCAGCAGUCCAUCCUGAGCAAGGGCGAGCUGCAGUACAGCCAGCGCGUGGAGGACCUGCGCCUGCUUAAGAUGGAGAUCAAGAGGCUGCGCCGCGAGAAGGGCAUCCUCAACAAGACCGUCGCCAACGUCGACGACCUCAGGUAG